GGUGGCUAUUUCCGGAGUAAGAUGGCUGCAGCGCGUGUGCUGGGGACCUGGAGCCGGAACGCUGUCAGACUGACCUGUGUUCGCUAUUUUCAAACAUAUAAUAACGUACACAUUUUGAAGCCACAACACGUGUGCUCUGUGGGUUAUCCAUUGCUCAAGUCCAGUCAGCCACGCCACUCCCUGAGAACAGCAGCCGUGCUCCAGGGACAGGUUGUUCAAUUCAAACUCUCCGACAUCGGAGAAGGGAUUCGAGAAGUAACCAUUAAAGAAUGGUAUGUAAAAGAAGGAGAUACGGUGUCUCAGUUUGACAGCAUCUGUGAAGUUCAAAGUGACAAGGCCUCUGUCACCAUCACCAGCCGUUACGAUGGCGUCAUUAAGAGGCUCUACUACAAUCUGGACGAUAUCGCUUAUGUGGGGAAACCACUGAUAGACAUCGAGACAGAAGCUUUAAAGGAUUCAGAAGAAGAUGUGGUUGAAACUCCUGCUGUAGCCCAUGAUGAGCACACUCACCAAGAGAUAAAAGGCCAGAAAACACUAGCAACGCCUGCAGUUCGUCGGCUGGCAAUGGAAAACAAUAUUAAGCUGAGUGAAGUUGUUGGCUCAGGAAAAGAUGGCAGAAUACUUAAAGAAGACAUUCUCAACUUUUUGGAAAAGCAGACAGGAGCCAUACUGCCUCCCUCACCGAAAUCGGAAAUCACACCACUGCCACCACAGCCCAGAGACAGGCCCUUUCCCACGCCGGUAUCAAAGCCUCCAGUAUUCCUGGGCAAAGACCGAACAGAGCCUGUGACAGGCUUCCAAAAAGCAAUGGUCAAGACCAUGUCCGCAGCCCUGAAGAUUCCUCACUUUGGGUACUGUGAUGAGGUUGACCUUACUGAACUGGUUAAGCUUCGAGAAGAAUUGAAACCUGUUGCUUUGGCUCGUGGGAUCAAACUCUCCUUCAUGCCGUUCUUCUUAAAGGCUGCGUCUUUGGGACUACUGCAGUUCCCUAUCCUUAAUGCCUCUGUGGAUGAAAACUGCCAGAACAUCACCUACAAGGCCUCUCACAACAUUGGGAUAGCCAUGGAUACCGAGCGGGGGUUAAUUGUCCCCAACGUGAAGAACGUUCAGGUGCGCUCUGUAUUUGAGAUCGCCACGGAACUGAACCGCCUCCAGAAACUGGGCUCUUUGGGUCAGCUCAGUACCACAGACCUCACGGGAGGGACAUUCACUCUAUCCAACAUUGGAUCAAUUGGUGGAACCUAUGCCAAGCCAGUGAUAUUGCCGCCUGAAGUAGCCAUUGGCGCCAUGGGAGCCAUUAAGGCUCUUCCCCGAUUUGACCAGAAAGGGGAUGUUUACAAAGCCCAGAUAAUGAAUGUGAGCUGGUCAGCAGAUCACAGGGUCAUUGACGGCGCCACAAUGUCACGGUUCUCUAACUUGUGGAAAUCCUACUUAGAAAACCCAGCGUUCAUGCUGCUGGAUCUGAAAUAACGGCGAACCAGACAUCCUUGAACUUUUCGCACUUCCAAAGAGUAUGUCAGGCCCGGCUAAGCCAGCACCAACUCUUGUUACAGUCGCAUUAGAGGUGGCUUGUGCUGCCUUGGUAGGGCUCUAACGCACAGACGUAUUAGGCUUUCUGCUGAAAAGGAGCGGAGGGUAAUGGUUCUCCUGGGGUAUCACACUGUGUAGGUCACGAGGGGGCUUCCCACUAUGGUGCUGAGAUCAUUGGGUCAGUGAGUUGAAACAAGCAACAAAACAAAAUCGACAUCACUCAAUGUCACUAAUAAUGUCACUCAAUGGUGAAUAGCAGUGCAGAUGCUGCACUUGCUCUCUUUUUAAUUUGUGGACUGAUUUUUUUAAUGAAACUUUUAAAUUAUACUUAAUCGGGGAAAGGAAUUUAUAUACAAAUAUGUUUUCAUUUCCCAACAAUCAAGGUGACUGCCCUAUAAAAUAAGUGGAAUUUUGUUUAUUUCUGCAGCUAAUGAGACAUAUACUCUUGCCUUAUGUGUAAACUAUCAUCUAUAAAUGUCUUAUAGCUAUAAAUUAGGAUUUGUUAAAAGGGGAAGUUAUAAUUUGCUCUUAAUUAUAGUUUACACCAAAAAGGCUGAUAAAAGUAAAUGUUUAAAAUGGAUAGACUUCUAGAGCUGUAGAAAUGCUUUGGCAUCUUGCUGGGAAAUACUUGACUUUGCAAACUCACUUUGUGAUGUAAAAUACCAUAAAUAUAGCAUCACUGGCUAUUUUUCUCUUACUACUUACCGACUUAUUGCCUUUUGAUUUCAUUGAUCUUCAACUAAACAUGAGAAAAGGACUUGGAAUCUGUUCUGUUCUCCCGUCCCUCAGUAGGAGCAUAAAUAAGAAGAGUCAAAUGGGAAAUUAUGGGCACACAAUUAGUUUAUACAGAAAUGCUACUUUAAUCCGAUAGCGUCAGGAUGAAUCGAAUUCAAGGCUGAGCAAACCUUUAUUCCCAGCACUUGAGAAGCAAAUGCAAGUGGAUCUCUGUGAGUUUGAGGCCAGCCUGCUCUACCGAGUAAGUUCUCAGACAGCCAGAGGUACAUAGAGAGACCCUGUAUUAAAAAAAAAAUCAAAUAAAAUCAAAUUCAGUAUUUUGAAAUCUAGGUUUGGGGUUUUUUCUUCUAAUAUUAUCUAAUUAAAUAUAUCAUGACAAUAUCACUUAUUUAAAUGAAAGUUUUGUGGCAGAAGAAAAACGGGUCAUUUUAAUGCCUACUUGAUUUUUUCCCAAAAUGGAAUUAUAUUAUAAAUUUAGUGAGUACUGUUCGGUUAGAAAUUCACAUCAUGAAACCCAUUGUUUUCACAUAAAGAAAAUUAAGAAAAGAAAACCAAUUCAGAACAGGCAUUGUGUCCGUAGGCCUGUAAUCCCCAUACCUGGGAGGGAGGCAAAGGCAAGAAGGAUCAUGGCAGGAGGCCAUGUUAGGUCAUGUAGUGAGACUUUGUUGGAAGAAGGAGAAACUACAGAUAGCAAGGAGAGUAGCACACUGCUAUCUAUAAUCUAAACAUUGUUAACAUGAUAUAUGUGUCUGUAUACAUAUAUAAGUAUUCCUUUAUAAAAAUGAAAUAAUGUAUCUACUAUUUUACAAUUUGAUUUUUUAAAAUUUAUCCUUAUGGAUGUCUUUAUAUGCCAAUAAACAGUUCCACAUUAUCAUA